AUGUUAGGCAACCCAUACUCAUCGCUGGAGCCAGGCAUGGGUCCUUUGAUGCGUGACGUUAAAAAUAAGAUAUGCACUGACUGCGAGCUGGUUGCAUUGCUCGAGGAUGACAAUGGUAUGGAACUACUAGUUUGCAACAAGAUCAUGUCACUCGACCUGCCUGUCAAGGAAGUAUACAAAAAGGUGUGGUGUACAUCGGGUGAGGGUGUAGAUGCGAUGCGCGUAGUGUAUCGCAUGCGCGGUCUCCUCGGCGACGCUACUGAAGAAUUUGUGGAGACACUCAGUCAGGCCAGCGCUGAAGCCGUGGAUGACGAACAACUAUACCGAAUGGCCAAUGUUCUCGCCGAUUGCGGUGGGCUAGAAGUGAUGUUGCAGCGUCUCGCAGCUAUACAGCGCGUGGGCGCCGCUCGGUCUCUAUGCUCCACUCUGCUCCGGCUGCUGUCGUUGUGCGCGCGCGUGCGCCGCUGCGUGCGCGUGCUUACGCGGGCGGAGACGCGCGCGCUGCCAGUUCUACUGCACGCGCUGCAUCUCGCCGCCGAUGAAGAGCGAGAUAUGCCGCGCGCACAUCUAGUCUAUCAACUCCUAGAGAUAAUGGAACGCAUUUUGUCAGUCGCGGCGAGUGAAAGUUUGGAAUCGUUUUUGCAAUUCUCCCUAACGUUUGGAGGACCCGAAUACGUUCAAGCUCUUCUUAACUGCACUGAAUGUCCCGGAAUUCGUAGCAACUCGGUAGCAUUAGGUCAUCUAACACGAGUGCUAGCUGCACUAGUGUACGGUAACGAUCUCAAGAUGGCGAUGCUUGUGGACCACUUUAAGCCUGUGCUAGACUUCGACCGACUCGACUCUGAACAGUGGACGGAGGAGGAGUUCCGUAUGGAGCUGUUCUGUGUAUUAUGCGCCAACAUUGAAAGGAACUCCAUAGGAGGGACGCUGAAAGAUUAUCUCAUAUCGCUCGGAGUGGUUCGUGACGCACUAGAGUAUAUUGUGAAACAUGCGCCAUGCGUGAAGCCGACCCUAGUGUGCACGGAUUCGGAUGAGCUGAAGGAAUUCAUCAGCCGUCCCGCGCUCAAAUAUAUACUCCGCUUCCUCACCGGACUUGCCACCGACCAUGAACCAACACAGAUGCUGGUGUGCGAGAAAGUGAUACCUAUCGUACAUCGGCUUGAACAAGUGUCAUCUGGGGAGCACGUGGGCUCUUUGGCAGAGAACCUUCUGGAAGCUCUUCGCUCUCAGCCCCAGUGCGCCGCUAAAGUGCAGCAAGUGCGCGACUUUACACGACAGGAGAAGAAACGCUUAGCGAUGGCCGUGCGCGAGCGUCAACUGGGCGCUCUAGGGAUGCGUAGUAACGAGCGUGGUCAAGUGACGGCGCAGUGUUCCCUGACGCAGCAGGUGGCCGACCUUGCCGAGGAGGCGGGGGCGGUGUGCUGCAUCUGUCGCGAGGGCUACAAGUACCAACCUACCAAGGUACUAGGUAUUUACACGUUCACUAAACGCUGUCCAGUGGAAGAGUAUGAAGUGCGCGCGCGCAAGACUUUAGGCUAUACGACCGUUUCUCACUACAACAUUGUACAUGUCGAAUGUCAUACGGCCGCUGUGCGUUUGGCGCGUGCCAGGGACGAGUGGGAAAGCGCGGCGCUUCAAAACGCUUCGACGCGAUGCAACGGAUUACUGCCGCUGUGGGGACCGCACGUACCCGAGUCCGCCUUCGCUAGUUGUCUCGCUCGGCAUACCACCUACUUGCAGGAGUGUACCGGCCACCGCGACAUUGGCCACACGUGCACUAUCCACGACCUGAAGCUGUUGUUGUUGAGGUUCGCUAGAGGGCGCACGUUCCACGACGACACCGGCGGCGGCGGGCCGCUCUCCAACAUGCAACUGGUGCCCGCGCUCGUACACAUGGCGCUAUACGUCAUCAACACGUCUCGCGUGGCUAGUCGUGAAAUGUCAGCAUUGGAGGCGUCGCUGGCGUGGUCGCCGGCGAGGGUACUGGAGUCGGCACAUGAAGCUGAAGGACCGCUGUACUUCGCUACACUCGCGCUUCUGCUGUAUCCGCACGACAAAUGGAAGUCGGUCCGCGUGGAAAUGUUGAAGCGCAUGUUGGUGAUCGGUCACGUGCGCGCCGUGUGCCCCGGCGGGCCGCCGCUGCGGGCACUAGCGGCGGAACAGCGCGCGCCCCGGCAGUGGAACGAUUAUAAACCUUACGCGCUGUUCAUAGCGGUCAUCGAUUUGUUAUACACCAUCAUGUUCAAGAACGUGACCGCGACAACUGUAGAGCAGUGGCCGGUCAAACUAGCCGAGUAUAUACGUCACAACGACGAGACGAACGCGAAAGCGGCAGAGCGUAUAGUGAGCACUCUCACCGACGAAUUGUUGCCUUGCGCUUCUUUCGCUGAGAUGUGCGACGCCGCUGGCUUGUUGGCCGAAAUACCUGCCCCUGAUUCCACCCUGCAGGCGGCCCUGGACGCGUUACCCUGAGCCCGGCCUCGCACCGCCUCCUGCCUCGGCUACAACGGAUGCAUGGCAACUUGACUUCAUUCAUCAUUCGGUCUACGGAAUAGGCAGAACUAUUUUUUAUCUACUUCGGACAUAA